GGCAGAUGAAGUCAGAGAGUGCAAACACGCGUGAUCUGUGGUUCCUCAUGACAGAAGAAGGCAGUGUUUGAGUCUGACGUCUACAGGAGCGUCUCGAAUCUUCAGCAUCCUGUCAGAGGAACCCAGAGGAACCGGACGCUCAGAGCCGCAAGAUGUCGAGUUCUCUAGUUGUGUGCGAGGUGGACGGCAGUCUGCAGGAGAAGCUGAAGAAGUUCCGCUUCCGUAAGGAGACCAGCAACGCAGCCAUUCUGAUGAAGAUCGACAUGGAGAAGCAGCUGGUGGUGCUGGAGGAGGAAUACGAGAACAUCUCACUGGAUGAACUCAGAGAAGAGCUUCCAGAACGUCAGCCUCGGUAUAUCGUGUACAGUUAUAAGCUGACCCACGGUGAUGGACGUGUGUCGUAUCCGCUCUGCUUCAUCUUCUCCAGUCCUGUGGGCUGUAAACCGGAGCAGCAGAUGAUGUACGCCGGCAGCAAGAACCGGCUGGUGCAGUCUGCGGACCUCACCAAGAUUUUUGAGGUUCGUAAUGCGGACGACCUGACUGAAGAAUGGCUGAAGGAGAAAUUGGCAUUUUUUCGCUAAAUCUAUGAACAGCAUCAUGAAAUCACUCAGAAGUGACGUUAAGAACUGGGAACCUAUUCUGUUUUAAAUAUCUCAGCAUGAUUCUUGCUCUUAUUUCAUUUGUAAGCCUGGAGAAACUGGUUUUCUGUAAAUCAUGUGUUUGUGAAUCAACAUCACAUAAAUCAGGUCUGAAUCUCA